CUCGCGCGGUGACGGUGAACUACAGGCCCAACCGUCAGAGGAAGUUGCCGUUGGCUCGCUCGCUGCUAACUUGCUAAAAAAAAAAAAAGUAAACAAGUCUGUGGGGUGACAUGAAACUCUUUUAACAAUGAAGGAAGACAAAGAAAACACUCGACCGAAGGAGAAAAGAGUGGAAAUAAAGUGUGAAGAUGCGGAAAAGACGGAGAAGCCCAAAGAAAAGAAAGAGGCCAUGACAAAGAUUGUGAUCAGGAGAUUACCACCGAGUCUGACCAAGGAGGAGCUGGAGGAGCAGCUACAGCCUCUGCCAGAUGUGGACUACCUGGAGUUUUUCUCCAACGACACCAGCCUUUACCCUCACCUCUUCGCAAGGGCUUACAUCAAUUUCAAAAAUCAAGAGGAUAUAGUCCUUUUCAGAGAUCGGUUUGAUGGAUACGUGUUCAUCGACAACAGAGGACAGGAGUAUCCUGCCGUGGUGGAGUUUGCGCCUUUUCAAAAGACCGCCAAGAAAAGGAGUAAGAAAAAAGACGCAAAAUGUGGAACAAUUGUUGAAGAUCCUGAAUACAAAAAGUUCCUUGAAAAUUACAACGGAGAUGAGGAAAAGUUGGCGUCAACACCCGAGACCCUGUUGGAAGAGCUCGAGGCGAAAUCAAAGGAACUUGUAGCUAAAAAAACGACUCCUCUGCUGGACUUCCUGAAGAAUAAACAGAGAAUCAGGGAGGAAAAGAAAGAAGAGAGGAGAAGGAGGGAGCUCGAACGCAAGCGUCUGCGCGAUGAGGAGCGUCGCAAGUGGAGGGAGGAGGACAAAAGGAAGCGCAAAGAGGCGGAGAAGAUGAAGAGACUUGAGAAACCUUCGGAGAAAGACAAGGACCAAGUUAAAGAAGAACCAAAAAUUAAGCUCCUGAAGAAGCCAGACAGAGGUGAUGAUGUUGAUCCUGAGAAGCCCAAGGAAAAGGCCAAGAAACCAGAGAAGCCAAAUAAAGAGGACAGAUCCAUCGGCGGUGCUGAUCAUAAGAGGCGUCACAACAUUGAAAAUAAGGAGGAUCGAGGACGGAAAACGGACGAACAUGGGAGAAAAGAGUUCAGGGAGCGCGACGUAGAUCGAGACCGAGAGCGGGAGAAGGAGCGGCGGCAGAAAGAGAAGGAGCGCAUCAAGCGCCAGGACGAAGAUCGGCGGAGAAGGAGAGAACGGCAGGAUGGAGAUAACUCGUGCAGGAAGCGGGAGGAGGAGGUUAAAAAAGAAAAAGAUCGUGCCUUGGAGAAGAAAAAGGGUGACAACUUUGGAGACUCCUUUCACUCUGAGAGGCCGGAGAAGCAUGCCAAAGACAACAAGAAGGACGAGAGCGGUAAAAGGGAGCGGCUGCGAAAUAAGGACCGACCUGCUAUCCAGCUGUACCAGCCAGGGGCCAGAAGCCGCAACAAACCUACAGGAGGAGGAGGAGGAGGUGGAGGAGGUGGCGAGUCCAACUGUGCCGACCGGAAGCCAGAUACAGAGACGGAGAAAGUGGCCGACAAAGGAGACGAUUGAGCAGAUUUCUACUUAUGGCAUUUUUAAGUUUGGUGAGGAGAGGGGAGACAGGCCUGUGAGGCUCAGAGCAGCGAUGUGGCGCCUCAGGGCGACGUGCACUGCAGUUCAAGCAGGGCUGCAUCCAGCUCUCCCAGUCUCAGAGGCAGAGAUGCGACUGUGGAGCCUCUUAGUGCCUGAAUGUGAUCCUCUUUAGUUUUGUUAGGAAAGGUAACCUUCGGAAGGAGUUUGGCUGUAGGGCACAUUAGGUGAAGCCAAAGCUUUCUUGGACCACGUGAACUCAAAGUGACCUUAUUUCAGUACUGAUGUAAAGAGUUAUACAUGCUGCAAAGAUUGGCUUUAAACAUGCUCGUCCAUAUCACACUCAAUACAGUUGUUUCCUUUCAUUACUUACCAUGUCAACGAUGCCAAGCUCAUCCACAUUGUUUCUACCCCGACUUCUUAAACAAGAUUUCUGUUGUAACAUUGACAUUUUCACAUGGGAAUAACAUCUUACUCUGCCCGAGGAGCCAGACAAUCCAAAUGAAUGUGCUGAACGUAGUUGUUGUAGUCUUAAAGGCGCAACAUGCUGAAGGUCAUAUUCUGUACUAACCUGGAACGCGUCUUUUGUUUUUACAUUCACACAGUGACUGAGGAGAAAUAGCCAUUUCUGUCUAGACUGCCAUGUGACUGCCAUGCCUGCAUGCAGCCUUCAAUCGAUGAUCAACCUGUGGCCUUCCCCCUCUUUUCUAAUCUGAAACUCUCCUGAAGUAUUAAUGUGUGAUGUACUAAACUGAUUUACGGCAUGAGAGUGCAUCGCUGCUGGUGAUGCUAACAUACGGUAGCCACUUUUGAUUGGAAAUAAUAAAAAAAAAAAAAGGUCUUUG